AUGCCAGUAAGGAAUUUCCUUGAUUUCCCGGCCCCAACAGAGACCUUUGAGGCGACUUAUUCUUCUAUCCCCAGUCAAAUCCAAGUUUUUGAUGAACCUGCUCAGCAGCAAUUGACCGAGCCUAAACAAAUAAUAGUUUCAGAUUAUCCCUUCGGUGAAGUAGAGUUGGAUGUCGUUCAAGACAACCUAAAAAUUCAACGUGACUUAGUAACUCCUUCUUAUUCUAAGACCCUUAAGUUCUCUGAAGUUCCUAUUUCUUCUUCUUCCCCUGCCAAGUCCAAUCUG